UAGACACCUAACCUAUCAGAUUAAAGUGUGUACUUCUAUGGACAAAUGAAUAUAAAUAGUGCCUCCAACCUGCAUUCAUCACUUUCUUCUUUCUGAAGACUCUUAGCUGUCAGUGAGAGAAAACUUUGAAGCUUUUUCUUCUUCCAACACAUCGAACUCUCAACUUCAGGAAUCAUGCGUGAGUGCAUCUCUGUACACAUAGGGCAGGCUGGUGUCCAGAUUGGUGAUUCUUGCUGGGAGCUCUACUGUUUGGAACAUGGGAUACAGCCGGAUGGACAGAUGCCCAGUGACAAAACCGUUGGAGGAGGAGAUGACUCUUUCAAUACGUUCUUCAGUGAGACUGGAACUGGGAAGCAUGUCCCCAGAGCUGUUUUUGUAGACCUCGAGCCCUCUGUCAUUGAUGAAGUGCGUACUGGAACAUACCGCCAGCUGUUUCAUCCUGAACAGAUGAUCACUGGUAAGGAAGAUGCAGCCAACAACUAUGCCCGUGGACACUACACCAUUGGAAAAGAGAUCAUCGACCAGGUUCUGGAAAGGAUCCGCAGACUGUCUGACCAGUGCACUGGCCUUCAGGGCUUCCUGAUUUUCCAUAGCUUUGGUGGAGGAACCGGCUCUGGUUUUACCUCCCUGCUAAUGGAGCGUCUUUCUGUGGACUACGGCAAGAAGUCCAAACUUGAGUUUUCAAUCUACCCAGCUCCUCAGGUGUCCACUGCUGUGGUGGAGCCUUACAACUCUGUCUUGACCACACACACCACCCUGGAGCACUCCGACUGUGCGUUCAUGGUGGACAAUGAGGCAAUCUACGACAUCUGCCAGAGAAACCUUGGCAUUGACCGUCCCGCCUACAGCAACCUGAACAGGAUCAUCAGCCAGAUCGUGUCCUCUGUUACUGCUUCUCUUCGUUUCGAUGGUGCCCUGAAUGUGGAUCUGACAGAGUUCCAGACCAACUUGGUGCCAUAUCCCCGCAUCCACUUCCCUAUGGCCACAUACGCCCCUGUGAUCUCAGCCGAGAAGGCGUAUCACGAGCAGCUUACAGUGGCUGAGAUUACUAACUCCUGCUUUGAGCCUGCCAAUCAGAUGGUUAAAUGUGACCCCCGCAUGGGCAAGUACAUGGCUUGCUGCCUUCUGUACCGCGGCGACGUGAUGCCCAAAGACGUCAAUGCUGCCAUUGCUGCAAUCAAAACAAAACGGUCUAUCCAGUUUGUAGACUGGUGUCCAACUGGUUUCAAGGUAGGCAUCAAUUACCAGCCACCCACUGUGGUUCCGGGGGGAGACCUAGCCAAGCUCCAGAGGGCAGUGUGCAUGCUGAGCAACACCACAGCUAUUGCGGAAGCCUGGGCUCGACUUAACCACAAGUUUGACCUGAUGUACACCAAGCGGGCCUUUGUUCACUGGUAUGUAGGGGAAGGGAUGGAAGAGGGUGAAUUCUCUGAGGCCAGGGAGGAUUUGGCAGCUCUAGAGAAGGACUAUGAGGAGGUUGGAGCUGAUAGCAUGGGAGAGGAAGAUGAAGGAGAAGAAUAUUGAACAGACAUGCAUACCUUGUCUAAAUUUCUAUUUCGGUAACAAUAACAAAGGUAGUUUUUGAUGCACUACUCUAGUUUACUUGACUUAUUUAAUCAUAUUUGUUCAAUAAAGCCCAUAAUUAUUCAUACCUCUGGCAGGUUAGGAUUUUAUGUUAUUUAUAUUCAACCAUGAUGCUUCUUUCUGAUCGGAAAUGGCAGACAAUUCCCAAAAGAUAACCCUGAUUUUAAAAAGCAUCUUUUUUUGUGUGAAUGUUUGAUAUUUUGUAAAUGGAAACUAAAUAUUGAUUGGAAACUGUAAAUGAUUUUACAAAAUGACAGUUUUAUCUUGUAAUGGGAUAGGAAGAAAAUGCUUUAAUCUAUACAUUUUUGAAAAUAAAUGUAAUAUGUGAAAAAUGUGAACAUUUUCAAAGCUGAAAUAAA